CUGAGCCGGGCUGCGCGGGUUUGAGCGGGGCUGCGCGGGUUUGCGCGGGGCUGCGCGGAGGUUGCGCGGGGCUCGCCCCCCCCGGGGGUCCCGGCGAGGGGCAGACCCCGGCAGGAGGAAGGGCGGGGUGAGGAUGGCGUGCGGCUCUGGAAACGCGGCCAGGCGCCGCUGCCGGGGCUCGGCGUGCGGCUGCGGGGCGGGGGGAGCCCCGCAGGGCCGGCCCGCAGCGCUGGAGCUCGCCAUGAGCCGCUCCCGGAGCAGCGCCUCCCCACGUAGAAUAACAAAACCCUAAGGGCGGCAGGGCUCGGGAGCCCGCGGCAUCCCCGGCACGGGGGAGUGCGUGUGUGUGCGCGGGGGGCGCCCCGCCGCCCCGCCGCCCCCCGCCGCACCGCAGCGUGCGGGCAGCGAGCGCGAUGCGCCCCGCGCCCGGCGCUGCGGAAUAGCGCGGCCGCCGCUCGCCCUCCGCGGGCCGGGACCCCGCCGCCGGCCGUGCCCUCUUGAUGUCCAUGAAUGCAAACACCAUGAUUUUCAUGAUCCUGGGCGCCUCUGUCGUUAUGGCAAUAGCUUGCUUGAUGGACAUGAACGCCUUGCUGGACAGAUUUCACAAUUACAUCCUGCCGCACCUCCGGGGGGAGGACCGAGUCUGUCACUGCAACUGUGGAAGGCACCACGUGCACUACGUGAUCCCCUACGACGGGGACCAGUCGGUGGUGGACUCCUCGGAGAAUUACUUUGUGACCGACAAUGUGACCAAGCAGGAGAUCGACCUGAUGCUGGGGCUGCUGCUGGGCUUCUGCAUCAGCUGGUUCCUGGUGUGGAUGGACGGCGUGCUGCACUACGCCGUGCGCGCCUGGCGCGCCAGCCGCCGCUACGACUCCUCGUGGUCCUGGCUCCCGCGGUUCUGUAAGCUGAAGGAGCUGCGCAAGCGCCACCCGCGGCAGUACGAGGAGCCCACGGGCAACAUGGUGCACAUCAAACAGAAGCUGUACCACAACGGGCACCCCAGCCCCCGGCACCUCUGAGGGACCCCGGCGCCGCGCCCGCUUUUAACCAACCCCGGACUCCUCUUCCUCCCGGGGCCGCCUCUGGAUUGUCCCCACGGCGGCCCAGGACGCGGAAUCCUCCCCGGGACGCCCAGGGUGGACGCGCCACCAUGCACAACUGAGCCGGUCCUGGGUGCUCUGCGGCCAAGGCUUUGCACUGUGUUCCACGUUUUAUUGCCAGACUCGUGUAUAUAUGUAAAAAAAAAAACAACAAAAAAACAGAAAAACGGGGAAAAAAAAGAGAUUUGCAUUGUACUUUCAGCCGCCGCCCCGUUCUCCUGGCUGUCCUGCACAUCCUGCUGGGAAUGCUGGCCGAGGGAUGGAGGUGGGACGGCACCAAGAAGAUGCAGAGUGUCGCCUCCAGGAGCUCCAGCCCCCACAAAAAAAAAAAUUUCUUUGCCCCUCCCGUGGCUGAAGGGCCUGGCUGGUCACAGGUUUGGAUGGGGGGAAGGCGCAGUGUCCCAUUUUUGGGGUUUUUUUUUUUGGUUUGGUUCACGUUCCGGGGGGGAAGGAAGGGCUGGGGAUGGGUCAGGGGUUUGUUUUUUGUGUUGCUGCCACUGAAACCUGCCUUAAGCAGCCCCACCUGGGAGCCAGGGCACAGGGGCUGCUGCUGCUGCUGCUGUGGUGGCACCUCGGGUGGUGGCACCUCGGGUGGUGGCACCUCUGGAGGUGGCAGGGCUGCUGUCUGCCACUAGAGGAGGGUGGGGUGUGUCGGGUCUGAUUCACCAACACCCCCCAGCCCUGGCCUGGGAGGAAAGGAGCUGCUCUGGCCCUCCUGCUGCAGGGUGAGCCUGGUUAAACACCCCAAAAUCCUGGUGAAAACACCCCAAAAGUCUGGUUAAAAUACUCCAAAAACCUGGUGAAAACACCCCAAAAGUCUGGUCAAAACACCCCAAAACCCAGCACAGAGGGGGCCCUGAGCAGGGUGAGCCUGGUUAAACACCCAAAAAACUGGUGAAAACACCCCAAAAGUCUGGUUAAAACACCCCAAAACCCCAAGAAGCAGCAAGAGGGGGCCCUGAGCAGCCUCUUCUUCUAGGGUGAGCCUGGUGAAAAUGCUCCAAAAAUCUGGUUAAGACACCCCAAAACCCCAAAGUGCAGCACAAAGGGGGUCCUGAGCAGCUUCUUGCAUGGUGAGCCUGCUUAAACACCCCAAAAACCUGGUUAAACACCCCAAAAACCUGGUUAAACACCCCAAAAUCCUGGUUAAACACCCCAAAACCCAGCACGGAGGGGCCCCUGAGCAGCCCCACUCCUGCUGCACCCCCUUCUUGUGGGGCAAGAUAAAAAGGGAAAUUCCAUCCCCAGGAAUCUGAACCCUCAUCACUUCCCCUCCUUUCAUCUUUCUGUAUCCAGAAAUGGGGGAAACACCCAGGACUAAAGGAUUGCCAGAAAAAUCUCAUUUUUUUCCAUGGAUUCCUUGAAAUUCUCAGUGGCCUCCUGCAGUCUGGUGGCAGGGAAAGGACUCCACAACUCCUGCUCUCCCCUCCCUGCUCCAUUUUCUGUGUUUUGGGGUCAUUUUUAAAAUUCCUUAUACCCAGUUCAGUUAAUUACAAGCCCCAAAACCGCCCAAAUAUUCCCAUUUUUCUGCCAUUCCCACUUUUGCUAUUCCCUAGUGCCUCUUGUCUUGGAGCCCCAGGUUUUUUUCUGGACCUGAAUAAUUUCCUGGUCCAUAUUUGUGUCUGUCUGUCAUUCCUGGCUGUGAUGUCCAAAAUUCCUUAGGAUCUAAGGAAUGACUUUUCCUUGGGCAGUCAUCAACAAGUGGGAUUUUGUAGGAGAGAAAAUUCCAUUGGGAUAAGGACAAAAUAUUGAGUCCCUGGAAUGGGUUAUGUGAAAAAAGGGGGGGAAAAAGCACUUUAAAAUCAAAUUUUCCACUGACUAAACUCAGCCUGAAUGUAAAGCCUGGCUCUGCCCUGCUCUGGCAGCUGAGCUUGGUGGAAAUAUUAAAAAUUAAGCAGUGGGAAAGGGUGAAGUGAUGGCUCACACCUGUUGAGUUUGAUCUGGUUGAUCCACGGCAAAAAUCCAUAAAAAUUUGAGGUCUAGAAGAGGGGGAAUUUUUUUUUUUAUAUA